AUGGGCGACCUCACCGCGCGAUCGCAAAAACGCGCAUCCCCGCCCGCCCACGCCUCCUCCCGCCGCGCCAUUUGGCACCAGCACCCCUGGGCACGGCCUGCGACCUCGCCUGCUGCGUCUCAGCGCGUGGGACGAGAUCGUAGCUCGCGGCGGGGUUCGGGAGACCGCGCGUGCAGCGACGCCGAGGCACCGCCGGCGCGGUCCACCGAGCCCCGCAAGCGAGGAGCUUCGAGCGCACACCACGAAGACGGUGUGCACGCUGAGAAGACGCAGUCCGCGUACGCGGAAACUGCGUCGCGGGCGCGAAGGGAUACCACCCACCUGCCUGUGCGCAAUCUCGUGCGCCCGCUCUCCGGCUGCACACGGCCACCGACGGUCCGCGAGCGGGCGCACGAGCCGGGUGAGAGCACCCGGAGGACGCGGGGAGGUCCAUCACCGCCGUCCCCGCCCUCGUCCCCGCCGCUCGAGACGGCCCGCAGCGAUGUACCUAGCUACGUGCUACCGUAA